UUUGUUUACGAUAAUACGAUUUGAUUUGGACUGUUCUAUUAUGAAAGUUGUAUGGGCGCCUCCGCUAUUUCUCAGUGUUUAUUCGUUUUAUUGUUGUUAGUAACAUGGAAGAACCUAAAAAAACAUCUUAUACUUCUUAUAGGUAUUGUUUAGUACCAAAGUGUACGAACACUACCAUAAAUACACCUGAGAAAUUAUUUUUUGACGUGCCAAGAGAUGUGGAAGUACGCAAACGAUGGUGUAAACUUAUGAAAAAAGGAAAACUAAGGCCCAAAACCACUUUUCAUUGUUGUGAAGAUCACUUUAACGUUGAAGAGGAUACAGAAAAUUAUAUCCAAUAUAGCAUAAUGAAAGAACAAGGGGUAAAAGUCCACCUAAAAUUAAAGAAAGGAAUUGUACCUCAUAAAUUUAAAUGCCAAAGCCGAAACCGUUCACCGCCAUUAAACCAAGUGUAUUCUGUUAAGAGACAAAGAUUAGCUUUGAUAAAUGAAGUUCUUUCAGAGUUUGCUGUCAAAAAUAGCAAUAUUUCAGAACCUCCACAUACAAGCAACUGUGAAACAGAGCCAGGCACUGCCAUUAUCGAGCAUCAUGACACUGAAACAGGAAGCAGUACUGCUGUUAUGGAUUGUAAGAGUUCAAGGCCAAUAAUAUUUAUAAAGGAGGAAGCUGAAUUCCUGGAUGAAGAGGUGCGUGUGAAGGAGGAACCAGAAUGCAAGGAAACUGCAGGCUUGUGUGGAGUGAGUGAGGCAGCCGAGCUAGCUGGCCUGUACUCUGACCACAUUUUCAAGGAUGAGCUCGUGCUGGGGCCGGAGGUCCCGUACCGGCCUGAUGUCAACCAGGUAGUUUCUGGAAACUUAGCCCUCGCCGCCGCCGAGGACGCCAGCAGCCUGUCGCUGCUGCUGUGCGAGGAGACCAUCCCCGGCUCGCCCGCGCCCGACGCCGAGUCGCCGCCGCGGCCGGACCUGCACAUGCCGUUCGCGUGCGCGCCGCAACACGCCAAUAAAGUAUUUCUGGAUGAAGAGGUGUGUGAAAAAGGAACAAGAAUGCAAGGACACUACAGGCUUGUGUGGAGUGAGUGAGGCAGCCGAGCUAGCUGGCCUGUACACUGACCACAUUGUCAAGGAUGAGCUGGGUCUGGGGCCGGAGCUACCGCACCGGCCUGGUGUACGCCAGGUUGUUUCUGGUGAGACGCUUUUCCUUCUUAUGUUUGCAUCCAAGACUCACAU